CACAGGCGAGUAUUAAAAUAAAUACACAGGAUUUCCAGCAUCCUUUUGGCUCCAUAAUCAAAAACAUUUUAUCUCAAUUAUCAUCUUAUCUCAUCUUAUCCAAUCACUCAAGAAACACCCACAUCAACUGAUCAUAUAUUUACACUCUUCAACUCCACAACACACAAAUUACUCACCUUGAAAUCAACAUUUUUGUAACAAAAAAAUGUCAAGAAUGUCAGAGAAGGACCUCAACACUACGAGGAGGAGAGUGGCAUUAGUUGCAAACCAUCUCUUGCCUGUUCCUUCAGCUCAAAAUGUUGUUUCUUCAAUUGGGUCUUCAAAUUGCAGCUCUAAUUCCAUGAAUGAUAAUUACCAUAAAAUUCAUGGUGAAGUCUCCAAUCAUGAACCUGUUUGGAGAUUCAUUCCUUCUGAUGAAUCUGGCAAGGAUUUUACAGAUAUCAUUUAUGAGAAAGCUGUUGAUGAACCCAUUGCUAAGAUAACAAUCAAUAGACCGGAUAAAAGAAAUGCUUUUCGACCACACACCAUCAAGGAGCUUAUUCGUGUAUUUAAUGAUGCCAGGGAUGAUGGUUCAGUGGGAGUCAUCAUCCUCACAGGAAAGGGUACAAAGGCAUUUUGUAGUGGUGGUGAUCAGGCAUUGAGAAGUAAAGAUGGUUAUGCUGAUUUUGAAAGUUUUGGUCGCCUCAAUGUUUUAGAUUUACAGGUGCAAAUUCGCCGUCUUCCAAAACCAGUAAUCGCAAUGGUUGCAGGUUAUGCUGUUGGGGGCGGACACAUUUUGCAUAUGGUUUGCGAUCUAACAAUUGCAGCAGACAAUGCUCUAUUCGGUCAGACAGGUCCAAAGGUUGGAAGUUUUGAUGCUGGUUAUGGAAGUUCAAUUAUGUCCCGUUUGAUUGGGCCGAAAAAAGCACGUGAAAUGUGGUUUUUGACUAGGUUUUACACAGCCUCUGAAGCAGAGAAAAUGGGACUUGUGAAUACUGUUGUUCCAUUAGAUAAGUUGGAGCCAGAAACAAUAAAGUGGUGCAGAGAGAUCUUAAGAAAUAGUCCUACAGCAAUACGGGUGCUAAAAUCGGCUCUCAAUGCAGUUGAUGAUGGACAUGCUGGACUUCAGGGCCUUGCGGGAGAUGCCACUCUCCUAUUUUAUGGAACUGAAGAAGGCAACGAAGGCAAGAAUGCAUACAACGAACGUAGAAGACCAGAUUUUUCUAAGUUUCCCCGGCUGCCUUAAGUUCCACUGUUGUUGUUGUAAUCAGUUAUUGCAUUCCUUAUAAUGGUGUACUAAUUAUACCAUAAUAAUAAAAUUUCCUUUAAUGGGUCCAAA